UGCCUAUAUGUCAAAUUGAAUCUCUUUCAUUCUUUUUCGUGGCAGUAAUUUUGCGGGCGUGUGUAUCAGUUUUGCUGUAGCUUCAAACUCUUAUAUUUUAAUAAAGAAAUUGUGUAAAUUUACAACAUGUACGGCGGUGAUGACUAUGGAAAUACUGAAUACUAUGACGACUAUGGACACACUGGGGACCCCCAACUCGAUAUGGAAUAUGAACGUGGUUACUACGCAAGCCGAAUGCCCGACAAUGUGAAGUACUUCCUGCAGAAUUUUUGUCAAGCUAUCAAGGAGGGUGUAUUAUUCGAUAUUCAAAAUAUGUAUGAGAACACCUUUCCACAAAUCAGUGAUCAUCAUUUCGACAAAAGCGCUUGGCCUGAUGAGCAAGAAGUAUCUUCGAUCGUAGAUAAUGACAAAGUUUUCCUUAUUUUAUAUAAGGAAUUGUACUAUCGUCACAUACACGCCCGCAUUCCCGGCGGACCAAAAUUGGAUCAACGAAUUAAUUCCUUUUUCAAUUAUUGCGAUUUCUUUAAUCUAAUAAUUUCAUCGCAGAAUCCAGUAGCAUUGGAAUUACCCGAUAUCUGGUUAUGGGAGCUGGUUGACGAAUUUGUUUACCAAUUCCAAAACUUUGCUCAGUACAGGGCUCGUCUUACGGACAAAACCCAGGAGGAAAUUCAACAACUUUGUGUAAACCACAGCAAUGUUUGGAGCAUUCUUUGCAUAUUGAAUGUUCUUCACUCUCUGGUAGAUAUUUCCAAUAUUAAAAAGCAAUUGGAAGCAAUUUCCCAGGGUAAUGACCCCCAAGGUGUUGCUGGCGAAUUCGGAGAAUUAUCAUUUUAUAAAAUGCUGGGUUACUUUUCAUUGGUUGGUCUCUUGCGAGUACAUUCAUUGUUAGGAGAUUACUACCAAGCUAUCAAAAUUCUGGAACCGAUUGAAAUACACAAAAAAUCACAGUAUUCUCAUAUACCUGCCUGUCAAAUUUCAACUUCCUAUUACGUUGGAUUCGCUUACAUGAUGAUGCGUCGUUAUGCCGAUGCUAUUCGAACAUUUUCGGAAAUUCUCUUGUAUAUUCAACGAACCAAACAAUUGUAUAGCACCCGCUCCUACCAAAACGAUCAAAUUAACAAGCAAGCUGAACAGAUGUACCACUUACUGGCCAUCUGUCUAGUGUUGCACCCACAAUGCAUAGAUGAGUCUAUACAGCAGGUUUUACGAGAAAAGAAUUAUCAUGACGCUAUGUUUAAAAUGCAAUGUGGCGAUCUUGAAGUUUUUAAGUCCUUCUUCAUUUUCGCUUGCCCACGUUUUGUAAGUCCAUGUCCACCUGCUGCUGACGCUCCGAUGGAGGAUUACGUAAAAGACCCUAUGGAACAUCAAUUAAUGGUAUUCAUGGAUGAGGUACGCCAGCAGAAAGACUUGCCUACAACUCGUUCAUACCUCAAAUUAUAUACAACAUUGCCAUUAGCUAAGCUGGCUUCAUUUAUUGAUGCAAAUGCCAGUGAAGAUGACAUUUCAAAACUUCUUAUUCGUUUACUUUGCUUUAAACAUAAGAUGCGUAACUUGGUUUGGACAAAGGGCUCCAGUGGUUUGGAAGGAUCUUUCAAAUCUGGUUCUGAGUUGGACUUCUACAUUGAUGAUGACAUGAUUCAUAUUGCCGAUACAAAAGUCUCACAUCGUUAUGGCGAUUUCUUCGUACGCAAAAUCAUGAAAUUCAAUGAUCUUAAUCGUAAAUUGAAGAACAUUCAUAUAUGAACAACUCAUUUUUAAUAUUUCAUAUUUUAUACAAACUACGCAUAAAGAAACACAAAUGUAUAAUUUAAAUUUAAUAAUUGGCACUUCAAAGAAAAUAAAAGGGACGUAAAGUCCAAAGAGCCGAA